AUCUAAAAUUGUUUCUUGAAUUGAGUGGAAUUGGUUUUGAACACAAGCUUUGAUGUUACUCUGCCAAUAACAGAAAGUCGAAAAGAGCGACUUUUUGCCUUUUACCAAUCAGAUGCAGUGAAACAGUUCUUGUAAUAAAUUUCAGUGGCUGGUAGAUCUGUAGCACACACGCCGGAAGUGCCUUUGCACUUGCAGAUGCAAUGCUUCCAACGACAAACCAUGGAAGCAGAAGCAGCAAUCCUCAACGCAGAUUGUCUGUUCUGUCAACAUAUCUGCGGAGGAUUAUCAAGCCAAAACAGAUGGAUUUCGAGUAUACCUUUUGGCUGAUGCUUCAACUGUGCAUCUCACCAAAAACAGCAUAUCGACACACAUCAUACCACAAACAGACCAAGAACCAUUGGGCAAGGGAUGAUCCAGCGUAUGUUGUCAUCUGCUGCCUGCUCGUCGGUGCAGCGGCCUGUGCAUACUGCGUCGCGUUCAGCAGCAGUGUGUGGCACUCGCUGUUCACGGUCAUGUCUGCUGUGUUUGUGGACUUUCUGGCAAUUGGUGUGGCCAUUGCCACUGUUGGCUGGUUCUUGGCAAACAAGUGCCUGAGGAAGAAGACACUGCACAGCCAUGCAAUAGAGCAGCACGUGGAAUGGAUGUAUGCAUUCGAUGUGCACUGCAACUCGUAUUUUCCUCUCUUUCUUCUGCUGUACGUGUUGCAAUACCUCUUGUGUCCGCUGCUACUCUGGCACAGCUUCUUCAGUGCUGUGCUCUCCAACCUGCUCUACAUGGCGGCCCUGUCAUACUAUCACUACCUGUCCUUCCUGGGCUAUUCAGCGCUGCCCUUCUUGGAGCACACUGAAGUGUUCCUCUGGCCAGUGGCCGCCAUUAUCCUAAUUGUGCCCUUCACAAUCCUUUCGGGCUUCAACCCCACCCGCUUUACCCUGAACAUCUACUUUGGGUGACUGUACUUUGCCUUCGAGACGUGUGCGACCCUUAUAGGAGACGGGAGAGAGCGUAGUGACUGAAUGUACAUGUGACAAACUGCAUCUCAAUGAUGUGACCAUCGUAACUUUGACUUGCGAAUCGUGGGUUGUUACAUGCCAAACCC